GCUCUGACAGUGUUUAAUGUGUCAGAAGAGCAUGAUCCGUGUCCUCUCGGUUAUUUCCCCUGUGGGAAUCUGAGCUCCUGCCUGCCACAGCUGCUGCACUGUAACGGAGUUGACGACUGUGGAAACCAGGCAGACGAGGAUAACUGUGGAGACAACAACGGCUGGCCUCAUUUAUUUGACAAAUACUUUGGGAUGCCCAGUAAAGACGCUGGAACCAAAUCAACCACAUGUCUUCUCGCGCUCGUACCAGCCGAGUGUCAGUGUAGGGAUUUGGAGCUCGACUGCAACGGUGCUCACUUUAAAGACAUCCCUACGGUAUCCACGAAUGUCACCAUGAUGUCUUUGCAAAGGAACCGGUUGAGGAAACUGAACGCUGACAUGUUCAUUAAGUACCAAAAUCUCCAGAAGCUAUAUCUACAGCACAAUCGCAUUAAAGUGGUUGAACCCUACGCGUUCCGAGGCCUUUACAACCUAACACGGCUGUACUUGAGCCAUAAUCGAAUCUCUAGCCUAAUGCCGGGAGUAUUUCAGGACCUGCACAAACUGGAAUGGCUGAUUCUGGAAAACAACAAAAUCCACCACAUUUCCUCUCUGACCUUUUCAGGCUUGAGCUCCCUCGUGCUGCUGGUUCUUUUGAACAACGCUCUGACAAAUGUGGAUGAUAUAUGCCUGGAGAUGCCACGAUUAAAUUGGCUAGAUAUGGAAGGGAAUCAGAUGGAGAUUGUGGACAAUAGAACAUUCUGGUCCUGUAGCAUGCUUACCGUGCUAGUCCUUCAGAGGAACAGGAUCAGUCAUAUCCAUGAACAAGCGUUCUUUCUGCUGCGCAAGCUGGGCGAGCUAGACUUAUCCAGUAACAGAAUUGAGAAAAUUUCACCCGAUCUUUUUCUAAAUCUGGGAGACUUGCUGCAGCUGAAUAUUUCAUACAACCCAAUUCAGGAGCUGCAAGUGGACCAUUUUGACAAACUGCACAAAUUGAAGUCAUUGAGCAUCGAGGGCAUUGAGAUUGGGAACAUUCACAGGAGGAUGUUUGAACCUCUCAAAAACCUCACACAUAUCUAUUUUAAAAAGUUCCAGUAUUGUGGCUACGCUCCUCACGUACGCAGCUGCAAGCCCAACACCGAUGGCAUCUCAUCUUUUGAGAACCUGCUGGCCAACAUCGUGCUGCGCGUCUUUGUCUGGGUCGUCUCUGCCACCACCUGCUUUGGCAACAUCUUCGUCAUCUGCAUGCGCUCGUACAUCCGCUCGGAGAACAAGCUCCAUGCUAUGUGCAUCAUUUCCCUUUGCUGUGCUGAUGGUUUGAUGGGAGUCUACCUGUUUGUGAUCGGGGCGUAUGACCUGAAGUUUCGCGGCGAGUAUAACCGCCACGCACAGGCCUGGAUGGACAGCUUGCCCUGUCAGGUGGUAGGCUCCCUGGCCAUGCUGUCCACCGAGGUCUCUGUUCUGCUCCUCACCUACCUCACAUUGGAGAAGUACAUCUGCAUCGUCUACCCAUUCCGCUACCUGACGCCCGGGCGCAGGCGCACUGUCACCAUCCUGGUGGCCAUCUGGAUCCUGGGCUUUGUCAUUGCUUUCUUGCCUCUGGUGUGUAAAGGGGAGUUCAGGAAUUUCUACGGGACCAAUGGGGUUUGUUUUCCUCUACACUCUGAGCAGCCAGAGACUGCAGGAGCUCAGAUCUACUCCAUCGUCAUCUUUCUGGGCCUGAACCUCGUGGCAUUCCUCAUCAUUGUGUUGUCUUACGGAAGCAUGUUUUACAACAUCCAGAGAACAGGGACUCAAACAACCAAAUACAGCAACCACAUCAAGAAAGAGUUAACCGUGGCCAAACGCUUCUUCUCCAUCGUCAUCACUGAUUCCCUGUGCUGGAUACCAAUUUUCAUCCUCAAGAUCUUAUCACUCAUGGAGGUUGAAAUCCCAGGAACCAUCAGCUCAUGGGUGGUUAUCUUCAUCCUGCCCAUAAACAGUGCUCUAAAUCCCAUUCUCUACACUCUGACCACAAGGCCCUUCAAGGAGACCCUGCUGCAGGUCUGGACCAACUACAGGCAGCGGCGGCCAUUGCUCAGCAGCCACCCGGCCCAUCAUCCUUCCUUUACCUGGCAGGAAAUGUGGCCUCUUCAUGAAAACAGCCAGAAUGUAGUGUCUCCAGAGUACCUGGCACAUCCCUCUGAGAUGUCCUGCACCUCAAGGACUUCCUAGCUGCUACCUAUGGACAAGCGAAACGGCACACAAGAUGUUACGCAGGGAUCCUGCUCAGCCUUGGGCCCAUUCCUGGACAAACACAUGUGUUUGUGUGUUUAUUAACGCAUACAUCCAUUAUUAUAUAUUCAUACUACCGAGUGACAGAGCAGCAGGCCUCCAUUCAUUUCCUAUGGAAGUGUGGGUGACUCGGAGAAUGAAAUCGAGCCUUCCUCAGUUUUAUGCAGCGUCAUGUACGAUGUUUCCACAGUAUUGGAUCUACGGUCUCCCAGGUUCUACUUUCCCAACGUAAUACCUGCUUGCACUUGCCUCCUAUGAACUUCAAAGUCAAGCAAGCUUGGCAGAGAUUACAGAAAAAUGGAAGAAGUUCCUGUUCCUGUUCAAUUUUGUUGCUUAAUAAUAGUGUUCAAAAUAUGCCUUGUGUCCUGAAUAUUGCUUAUUUUGUGCUGAAUAUUGCUAACUUUGUGAUGAAUAUCGCCAUUUAGUCCAUUUCUGUAGUGAGAAUUCACAUGAUUGUGUAGUGGGGUUUUUGUCCUUCCUAUUUCUUAUAAAUAAAAAUAAGGUUCUUUUUCCCAUCCACAUCAUCAAAAAAUAGCUUGAAGUGGAUUUUAUUUUACUUUUGUGCAACCAAGAAAAACAGCACCACCAAUGGGUGUAAGAAAAAUUGCACAUAUGAAAUAGAGGCUGGGGCUGAUUUUUCUAGCCCAGACUGUAGAUUCAUGCACCCAGUCAUGUCAAGUGAUUACACCUCUUACAUUUGGUGUCCAGUUUAUUUAAGCCCAAUUUGCUGUCACAUCCAUAACACAUCAUCAUGAGUGAUUGAGAAGGAGAGAAUUGAGAAUAAACAUGAAUGAUGUGAAUUAUUUUCUCAGUACUUAUUGUUGUUUUUUUUUUUUCUUUCAAAAUGCCUUUGGAGAAGCUGGAAAGAAAUUCACUAAGUCAAUGUUGUCCAAUUAAAGUCCAUGGGACAAACAAGAGAAUGUUUUAUGUACCUUGACUUGAACAAACAAUCUGGCUAAUUGCUUUUCUGUUUGCUAUUCAGAAGAUUCACUGCAUAAUUAUGUUCUUAAAACAAUUACAAAGUACAAACACUGCUAGCUGCCUGUCUUACAAAGAAUGUGUUCCCGUGUGUAUGUGUUAUAGGCUUAUGCCAACAAUGAGACCUCAUACUAAAAGGCUUAAUUUUAAUGGUUUUAUAAUAAUAAAGGUGAGUUGCUGAUAAGCCGUAGAAUAUAUUGUUUAGCCAUCACUGGUAAUGACCUUUAAAAUGAAAGAAAACUGAACAUAGAAACUCAGGAAGGUUUAAUAAAUCAAUCUAGUAAAACGACUUGAAAAGACCUGGAUUUUUUUUUUUUAGAAGGAAAUGUUAAGAUCCCUGUAGUACUGUAGGUGUUUACUAUGAAAUCUUUCUAAACAAAUUCCAUUUUAAGUUUAAGUUAACAACCACGUCAGUUGUGCCUUCGUCAGUGGUUGUUCGUGGACGUCCACUUAUCGGUUGGUCCACAACACUUCCAGUCUUUUUGAAUUUGUUAAUAAGUUUGGCAACAGUGUCGUGUGUGAUGUGCUUGCCAUGUUUCCUAGUAAAGUCCAUCACAAGCUUGCGACAGCUUCCCGAUCCAGCCAUGAGAAUGAUUUCAAUACGGUCUUCUCUUGUCAAAGGCAUUCUUAAAGGCUAUCUGAAAAAAUAUAAACUAAGUAUAAAAAAUUUUGGGAGACAUUUUGCUAAAAAGUGUUAAUUUCCCCUAAGUAUGGAGAUUAUUUGCAAUAAAAUUUCAAAUUUGGCUUACAAAACCAUGACCAUGUCAACUCUGUCAUUAACUGUCCUGUCCGCUGCUCCUCCUCCACUGAAAAUGUGCAUAGAGCAAACAUGGGGCAGCAUGAUGCCUGUCUCAAUGGGCCUCUUUUAGUGCUUAUUGCAGUUUUGACCACUAGGUACAAUAAUAACUCUAAAGGACAGUAAAUGUGCUGAGCUAUGAUUGCACAACAUUUAGAAAGAUGAGCAAAUCAGUGGAACAUCUGCCAAAUAGCAACAUUUUUUUGAAGUCAUUGGUCACUCAAAGAUUAUCAUAAGUAUUUCAACAGAAUUUAAAUGUAUGGAGUUGAGUGAAUGAGGACUUAAUAUAAUAUAAAAUAUACUUGUACAUAUGAUAUAUAUGGUGGGGCUCUGCACCAACUGUGAGCAGCCACUGCCUUAACACAUUUAAUGAAGCUUACUGAGUCAUACAGCUGACUGCGUUAGAUAUUAAUAGCCAUUAAUAAUAGUAAUAAUUAAGUUCUGACAUCUUGUUAAUGCAUUCUGCUCAUUAAUAUCCUUACCCAGAGGUGGAAAGUAUCCCUUAAAGACCUAGCUUACUUCAUUAUUCAUCUUUAAGCAUAUAAUUCAUUAACUACCAUGAAUAAAUUGGUUUGAUUUUGAUCACGAUGUCUUAAAACAACUUGCUAGUGAUGCAGCUUUGAAUUAUAACAACAUGCAUCCCAAAUGAUAGUAAAUGAUAGUAAAGUGCUACAUUUUAUUUGCACAAUCAUCAUGAACUAUUGAUGUUCCUUUGUUCCGUCAAGCACCAAUCAAUGUCAUUGUCAGUGUAACAGAAUUCAGGGUCUGUUUCUCUAAACUGUAAACUGUUAUAUUUACUGUAUUGAAGAAUUUUUGUUGAUUUGAAUUUGUGUCGUUUAAUAAUUGAGAAUGUCAUUAGGUCAAAUAUUGAUGUAGUAACUGAAGAGCUCCAUUCAUUACUGCAAUGUUUCAUGCACUUAACUGGUGACAUGUCUGAUUAGGUUUUCUCUAUCACUGCUCUUACGAUUUGGGUUUUAUAUCAUAUCACUUGUGUUCAGUGUGAACAAUUUCAGCGUGGGAUCACUGUGAUUAGAAACCUUAUAUUGGAUUUGUUUCCAUUACAGUAUUUAGUUAGUAAAUUAUAAGAUAUCAAGGUUGUAACAGAUGCUAAAAUGCAUUUUAAUCAAAUGGUGUGGUUUAUUUUGCAGCGCUCACUAAUGCAAAAGCUUUUAAUGUUUAACAAUUAUGCUUUAAUUGUGCAAGGCUUUUUUUUUCCCUCUAUUACCGUGUCUCUUGUAUAAAUGUCAUGGUAUAAUUAUUGGUAAAAACCAUUAGUGCCACUCUGGUUGAUCUUUUCAUUUUAUUUUAUAAUGAAGUGCAGAAUUCAUAACACAUAAUAUAUUUCACACUUUUAGCAUGGUCAAGGAGUAGACAAUGAGACUCCGUGUGUCUCUUUAGAGAACAUUGUGUAGAAACGUUCAUUCAAGUGACCU